UUCAUAUGGAGAGACCAAGUCCCUCUGGUUCCUGGCUUGUCGGCUGCCUUUUCACGAUAGCCAUCUUCCAGUUGCCUGCUCAGGUGUCAGGGGGUGCUGACAAGGUCUACAUAGCCCCUCUUGGGGACACAGCCAAGUUGCCCUGCCCUCUCUUGCUCUGGCCUGGCAUGGUGCUCACUGAGAUGAGGUGGUAUCGGCCCACACACCCACGUGGCACCCAGGCUGUCCACGUGUUCCGGGAUAGGCAGGACAGCGAUGAAGACCUGAUGCCAGAAUAUAAGGGCAGGACGACACUGAUGAGGGAUGCUCACAAGGGAAGCUACAUCCUGCAAAUCAGCAAUGUGAGGCUGGAGGACCGAGGGCUGUACCAGUGUCAGGCCUGGGUCGGAAACUCAAGUCGAGAGGACAAUGUGACCCUGCAGGUGGCAGUUUUAGGCUCUGAUCCCUACAUCCAUGUGAAGGCCUUUGAUGCUGGGUGGAUCGAGCUGGUGUGCCGGUCAGUGGGAUGGUACCCAAAGCCGUGGACUGGGUGGAGAGACACUACGGGGAGAGCACUACUCUCCCUUUCGGAGGCCUACUCCCUGGAUGAAACUGGACUGUUCCGAACAGCAGUGUCCAGCAGAAUCAGGGACAGUGCUCUGGGAAAUGUGUCCUGCACUGUCCUUAAUGAAGCCCUUGGCCAAGAGAAGACAACAGCCAUGGUUAUUGGAGCCCCGGAUCUAGGAAGUCUGUCCUCUCCAGCGGUGGCUCUCUCUGUGGUCUUGCCCAUCUUGGGGCUCCUCAUCCUUCUUGGCAUUUGGCUCAUCUGCAAACAAAAAAAAUCAAAAGAGAAGCUCCUGUACGAGCAGGUGAUGGAGGUGGAAAAUCUUCUGGAGGACCACGCCAAAGAAAAAGGAAGACUCCACAAAGCCCUCAAGAAACUUCGGAGUGAACUGAAGUUGAAAAGAGCUGCCGCCAAUGCAGGCUGGAGAAGAGCCCGGCUGCAUUUUGUGGCGGUUACCCUGGACCCGGACACGGCACAUCCCAAACUCAUCCUGUCUGAGGAUCGGAGAUGUGUGAGGCUCGGAGACAGGAAACGGCCUGUUCCUGACAACCCAGAGAGGUUUGACUUUGUUGUCAGCGUCCUGGGCUCCGAGUACUUCACAACUGGCUGUCACUACUGGGAAGUGUACGUGGGUGAGAAGACCAAAUGGAUUCUUGGAGUGUGUAGUGAGUCUGUAAGCAGGAAAGGGAAGGUCACGGCCUCGCCUGCCAAUGGCCACUGGCUUGUGCGACAGAGUCGCGGGAAUGAGUAUGAAGCUCUCACGUCCCCGCAGACCUCCUUCCGCCUCAAACAGUCCCCAAAGUGCGUGGGGAUUUUCUUGGACUAUGAAGCCGGCAUCAUCUCCUUUUACAAUGUGACUGAUAAGUCCCACAUCUUCACUUUCACCCAUAGUUUCUCGAGCCCACUUCGUCCUUUCUUUGAACCUUGUCUUCAUGAUGAGGGGAAAAACACGGCGCCUCUAAUCAUUUGUACCGAGCUCCAAAAAUCAGAGGAAGUGAUUGUCCCCAAACAAGAAGGAAAAGACCGUGCUAAUGGAGAUGUGUCCCUGAAGGUGAAUCCGUCCUUACUGUCCCCUCAGGGUUCUGAGCUUUUUCUGCUUAAUGAUACCUGGCCCUCUAACCUUGGCCCUGCCCUUAAGGGGCUCAAGGUUCCCUCUUUGUAGGGCUCUGCCCUGUG